GGGGCGUGCGGGCUAGGUGAAGGUUGUAGCGUUGGAUUUAUAUUAGAAGGCGCGCGGCGCUCGAGCUCUGUCCUGGGUUUCCCCUUUUAUCUUCCACCAGCCGUGACGUGAUUCGGAGGCGAACAGGGGGGGAAAAAGACUCGUCUGCUGCUGGGUUUGAGAAGCGAGUAGCUACAAAAUGGCAAAGCUGAUCCGCGCUCGGGUGCUGCUGUGUGCUUUGGUCUUCGGGGUCCAGGCAGUCUUGGCGCAAACCACAGACUUCAAUUUCCCCCCCGAAGAUCUUGACUCAUCAGGUGAUGAUGAUGACUCUUUCUCUGGUUCUGGGGCAGGUUCUCUGCCAUCUGUGGUUGCCUGGGAUAUUCCACUGCAAGGAAGCAUAAACACAUCAUCAAGUCCUUCAGCAGCUCCUGAUGUGGAAGAUCAUGAACCUGAAGCCCAAGGAACAGAAACACCUUCAGAAGACUAUCAAAGAAUACCUGUAUCCCCAACAAAUAUGCAUGUGCUCCUUGUGAAUGAUCUGGUGACUGAUAAGCCAGUGGUGAGUGUAGAAGAGGAAGUGGAUAUGUUCACUGAGCAAGCUACAACAAGCUCAGCAGUUGUAACAGCAAGAGUACCAGUGACUCAUCAUACUUCCACACUGAGAAUCACGACUUCAUAUGCUUCUAGUACUGUUGGUAUUCUUGAGCCUGAAGUCUACCACAAUGUUUACCAUGAAGUAAGUAGCAGUGAUAUAGAAGGACCUGCCAAUGAUAUUGUACCAACAAUUCACAGUCUGGAUGCUACCAGUUCCACUACAACAUCCUUGGUUUUCAUCAAGAAUACUUCCUCUCAGCCUGAAGAAGAUAUUUUGUCACCUGAAGAUGGAUCUGGAGAUCAGGGAGAUUUCACGUUUGGUGGACCAGGUGAAAAAACAGAAAACAGGGCAGUGGAAGAGCUUGGAACAGAAAGCAGGGCACUGGGUCCUGGAACACAUGAUACAAAAUCUGCAGGGGCCUCUCAAGGACUUAUGGACAGAAAAGAUGUUCUAGCAGGGGUCAUUGCUGGUGGACUGGUAGGCUUGCUGUUUGCUGCUUUCCUAGUUGGGUUCAUGUUAUACCGAAUGAAAAAAAAAGAUGAAGGAAGCUAUUCACUGGAUGAACCGAAACAAUCAAAUGGGGGCUAUCAAAAACCACACAAACAAGAAGAAUUUUAUGCAUGAAUGAACUGAAUUUAAGGACACUUUGUUUUUGCUUGGAUUUCUCUUCUGUCUCUGGACAUUGCGAGUUCUCGCUGCAUUUUAAAGGGGGGAAAACUACAAGCCAUAAGACUGAGGGUAAACCUCUGCCUCCUUACUACUGGGAACGACUAUAUCUUUCCAAAGUCAAUCUGGAUGAAUAAAACCCUAACCUGCUUUCUUGCACAGAGAUCACAUGUAAAGUUGGACAGAUGGGGGGUGGGGACUACCUUUGUCUUAUCUAAGGACUCCUGGAGGAGAUCAAGAACAGAUUGUAUAUAGCCUUAAUGUCUUAGAAAAUGCUAAGUAAUUAGUAAAGUAUAACUUGUGUAUAUUAGAGACCCACGUCCCACCCUUCAACCUUUAUUGGCCACAAGUGAAUAUUCUUUUAUAUGUUUAAAACGGCUGCUAUGUGGCUUUGAAAGGAAAAACGGUGGAAUGAUUCUAUCACCAAGUCACUUAACCUUGCAGCUCAAUAUGAGAAUCAGGUGGAGGGAGGAAGUCCUUCCAGAAAGCUAAAAGAUUUGUCUGAAGUGGUGAGAUUGUUGAACCAUUGCCCUUGUUAAGGCAGGGUUGGCUUUCUUCUAGAAUGCCUUGAGAAAGAGAGAGAGAGAGAGAUCAAGGGGAGAAAUCUAUACACUGUGCUUUAGAAUCUGAAGCAACACUGACUCCUGGGGAGCGGGUAUUUUGAAAUGUGCACAUUUUUCCCCCCAGUUCCUUCUGGUCUUGACUGUGGUGUUAUCCCUGUUUGCAGUGUAUAAAGUCCAUAGUAGUACUCCUGGGGCCACCACUUGGUUAUCUACCUCUUCUGCAUUAUCUUUUCACGACAGUGGCUACUUCUCAACUAGAUCUCCAAAACUCACCUUACCAUGCAAGGGUGUGGCGCAGAGCCAUGCAGGACCGAGCAUGCUGCAAGGUAAUGAGGAAUUCCUGCUGCUGCCAAGGCCCAGGGACUAGAAUCAUAUUAGAUUGGCAAAUAUAUGUAUUUUAUAUAGCAAGGUUCUCUGUGUAUGGGCUCAGCAUGCAGAGCCUAAGGGGAGUUAGCAUCUGUUAUGUAAAUGCUUGGCUUUUAUCUUGGUCCAACUUGUGCUAGAGCAUUUAACAAACGGUUUGAAAGAGCAAGUGUCUUCAGAAGCUGUUCUGUGUAGAAGAGAGUUAAUGAUGAACCAUGUGCCUUCAUCUCCUGUGUGUGCCCAAACUGUAAAGCAGGGUCUUGUUGGACUGUAUAUUGGUGGGACCCCAACCCAUGAAUGUCAGCACUUCCAAAGCAGUAUUUAAAAAGUUUUAAGAACACUGUGCAUAUGCCUGGGAUUGGGGGGCGGGGAGGGCUCUCUUGAAAACAGUGGCUGAUGUAGAAUAGCUAAAGAUGAAUGAUUUCUGUCAUGUACAGGAUGACAUGGAUGUGAAAUGAUCUAUGCGAAAACUUUUUUUUUGUAGUGGCUUUGAGUUUUAAAACUACAAAUGUAUAAACAACCAUCACAGGCUUUCCUUUUAUUUCACUAUUUACACGUGUUAGCUUGCAACACAGUUUUGCUUGUAAGCAGAGGUGUAGGCAAAAAGCCUGAAGUGACACUGGGGUACUCUGCAUAUAAGGUGUGUGUGGUGGGAAGGCCACAGUCAGAAUUUUUUUUCCAGGUCAGCAUAUUAUUGUGUUCUGCCAAUCAAACAGUCAAUGCCUUCAGAGUCUCCCCAUGCCCUGAGGACCUUCAUCUUCCUUCUGAUGAUGGACUAAACACUCAUUUCAGUGUGUAAAACUUGGCAGCCAAACUCUUGACGUAAUCAGUACAAAUAUAUCAAUUAUUGCCUUUUUUACAAAUUAGUUUUUUAGAGUGUUGGUGUGUCCUUUUAUAUUGUGAAAAGAUAAUGAUGUUGACAUUCAUGUGCAUAGGAAAUGGCUUCUGCUGGCAAGACUGACUAUAUAAAACUGGUGUUUUUUUAAUGGUCAAGUGAAAACUGAAAUCCUAUAACUUUAAAUGGUGCAAAUGAAUUGCCGAUUUCCAAAUGCAAGUACUUUGGUUUGGUUCAUUUUUUUUGUAUUCCACAACCAUACACACGCAAUAAAAAGACACUCUGCCAAAUUAAA